AUGUCGUCGCCAGGCGAGGUUGCGGCGCGCCUGGCGCUGAAAGGCGCUCGUCGAAUCGUGAUCAAGGUGGGAACGGCCGUGGUGACGCGUCAAGAUGGACGUCUCGCGCUCGGGCGAAUGGGGUCGCUCUGCGAAGCGAUCGAGACGCUCGUAUCGGACGGCAGGGAGGUGAUUCUGGUGACAAGUGGCGCGAUCGGAGUGGGGCGGCACAAGCUGCGGUUCCAGCGGUUCAUGCGCACGAGCUUCAAGGACCUGCAGCGCCCGCAGGGGGAUGACAUUGACGGCAAGCCGUGUGCUGGCAUCGGCCAGGGCCAGCUCAUGGCUCUCUACGAGUCGCUCUUUAACCAAGUGGACGUUGGGUGCGCGCAGUUGUUGGUCACGGAGCGGGACUUCACGGACCUGCAGUUCCGCAACCAGCUGCGCACCACAGUCUCCUCCCUGCUGGACCACCGGGUGGUGCCGGUGUUCAACGAGAACGAUGCCAUCUCCACCCGCGUUGCACCGUACAAAGAUGCGACUGGUAUCUUCUGGGACAAUGACUCCCUGGCAGCUCUCCUAUCUCUGGAGUUGCAAGCAGAUGCGUGUGUGCUGCUGUCGGAUAUCGAGGGGCUCUACACCAAGCCGCCCCGGGACCCUGACUCGGAGCUCAUCCACACCUACGUGCCGAGCGUGCAUGGGGAUUCCAUUAAGUUCGGCCAGAAGAGUCGGCUGGGGCGCGGCGGAAUGACAGCCAAGGUGGAAGCAGCAAUUCACUCGUCAGGCGGUGGUGUGCCCACAGUCAUAGCCAGCGGCCUAUCGAGCGAUGCGCUGCUGCGGGUGCUGGCGGGGGAGAUGGUGGGCACGCUCUUCCACAAGGACUCUCACCUGUGGGCCGUUUCUAAGUCUGUGAAGAGCGCUGGGAGAGACAUGGCUGUUGCUGCCAGAGAUGCCAGCCGAAAGCUGCAGGCUCUGACCACAGAGCAGCGCAAGCAGGUGUUGCUAGACGUGGCGGAUGCUCUGGUGAAGAGAGAGGCGGAGAUUGUGGAGCAGAACGCCCACGACGUACGGACGUCUGAGAUCAACGGCGUUGCACCGGCCCUGCUGCAGCGGCUGAAGCUGAAACCGAAUAGGAUUCAACAGCUGGCGGAGGGCAUUCGGGCCAUUGCUGAGAUGCCUGAUCCGAUAGCAGAGACGCUGGCCCGCACAGAGCUAGCAGAGGGGCUCAACCUGGAGAAGCAGCGGUGGCCGCUGGGAGUGCUGCUGGUGAUCUUUGAAGCCAGGCCAGACGCCAUGCCGCAGAUUGCAGCGCUGGCAAUUCGCAGUGGCAACGGGCUGUUGCUCAAGGGAGGGAAGGAGGCACUCAACUCCAACCGCAUCAUCCACGAGGUGAUUGCCUCAGCACUCCCCCCAGAAGUCGGACCAUCGCUGAUCGGGCUGGUGACCUCGCGCGACGACAUCUCGGAUCUGCUGAAGCUGGACGACGUGAUCGACCUGGUGAUUCCGCGCGGCAGCAACGCGCUGGUGAAUCAUAUCAAAUCGCACACCAAGAUUGCGGUGCUGGGCCAUGCGGACGGCGUGUGCCACGUGUACGUGGACAAGGCAGCCAGCCUCAAGAUGGCCAAACGCAUCAUAUUGGAUGCUAAGAUGGACUAUCCCGCUGCCUGCAAUGCCAUGGAAACCCUGCUACUCCACGAGGAUCUGGUGAAGUCGGGCGCAGCAGCAGAGCUCAUUCAAGAGCUGAAAGACAAUGGCAUAGUCCUUCAUGCAGGAGCAACUGCAGCGCCUGCCUUCUCCCUGCCUCCGGCAGCGAAUCUGCACCACGAGUACGGGGCGCUGGAAUGUACGGUGGAGAUCGUGCCGGACAUUGACGCGGCCAUCCACCACAUCCACACGCACGGCAGCGCGCACACCGACGCCAUUAUUACGGAGGACCAGGAAGCUGCUGUGAAGUUUCUGGCGUCGGUGGACAGUGCGGUCGUGGUGCACAACGCCAGCACUCGCUUCUCCGACGGCUUCCGCUUCGGGCUCGGCGCCGAGGUGGGCAUCAGCACGAGCCGCAUUCAUGCGAGAGGGCCUGUUGGGGUGGAGGGUCUUCUCACAACGCGCUGGCUGCUGAGAGCACUACGAGCCAUGGCUGCUUCCGUCGCCUCUUCCUCCGCCGCUAUUUUGACGAAUCAAGGGGCUCGAUUAUUCGCUCCCGCAAUUCCCUUGUCGAAGACCUCAUCCGGCGCCUCCCUGAGUGCCAAGCGCGUCCCUCUGCCACGUGUCACGACGCGAGGAAUUCACGGCAAGGUUAGGCUGGCAGUGAUGGCUCAGGCUAAGAUCGCAGCAGCUUCAUCGGCGGUCACGGAGCCUCUGAGUGCGGGCUCGCCCGCUCCUGCCCUGUUUGACGGCACCACGCGCCUAUACCACUACAAGGCGUGUCCCUUUGCUCAGCGGGCGGUGAUUGCUGUCACCUACAAGGAUAGUCAACUCCAGUCAACGGCAGUCAACGUUGCACGGGCGGUGAUUGCUGUCAACUACAAGGGUCUUGAUUUCAUCGAGCGAGUGGAGAUCAGUCUUCGCAGCAAGCCCGAAUUGUACACGGAGAAGGUGUAUCCGCCCGGCAAGGUGCCUGCCAUGGAGCAUGCAGGGAAGGUGGUGGGGGAGAGCUUGGACCUGCUGCUGCUGAUUGAUGAGUUGUUCGGCGACAAGGGGCCAAGAAUCGUUCCCGAGGAUCCCGCCCUGGCAGCAGAGGCAUCAGCGCUUGUAGCAGCGUGUGGGGACAUGAUGAUGGCUGGAUACUCGUCUCUGUCCCAGCUUUAUCAGACGGGCGGCGAGACAGAAGUGGAGGCUGCAAUGGGAUCGCAUCUGGAUUCCCUGGAGGCCGCCCUGGGAAAGCACCAAGAGAAUGGGCCGUUCUUUCUAGGAAGCUUCUCAUACGUGGACAUCGCUUAUCUGCCCUUCCUCGAGCGGUUCCGCAUUGCCUUUGACCAUUUCUGCCGCACAGACAUCACAAAGGGUCGCCCCAACCUGCAGCGAUGGUUUGAGUCGGCAGCAACCAUCCAGGCAUACACAGACACGUGCAUGGAGCGAGAUGCCAUUGUCACUACCUACCAACAGAUGCUG